UCGUAUUUAUAUCAUUCGCUGGGAAGUUUUGAAAACUCUAGUUCCUCUGUUCUCUCUCUUUUGUCAUUUCUUCUUCCUCUGGAUAUAUACUGAGAUCUGCUGGGAAAAUAUUCGGACGAAAAUGGGGAGAUUGUUCAAGAUAGACCUGGAGGGAUCGGUUUACAAAUGCAAGCACUGCGAAAUCGAAUUCGUUGUUUACGAGGAUCCUCCAGUCAAAAGGAAUCUGCUAUUACAAUAUCCAGCCAGCCUUGGAAAACUAUACUGCAUCACCAAAUGCUACAAUGUGGUGAUUGGGACUGAUAAAAUGACAUUCACUGCUAAUGGCCGAAUUGACAAUACUAUGCUUCCACUGUUCUGUAUCGGUUGUGGCUCUCGUCUUGGCAUGUACUAUGAAGGCGCUGAUGAUACAGUGAUGUACAAUGAAGGAAAUUUCUACAUCAAUAGGUUUAAGAUCCAUGGACCACCAGAAGGAAGCGAUGAUGAGAAUCCAGGAAACGAGGAGCAAUAGUGUGUGAUUGAAGAAUUUUACAUUCUCUCUGUUUCUUCUCUUCUUUUACUUUGCUACUUUCUUUUCAAAAGUGAAUUAUAGUCCUCAGAGGCCUUUUCUUUGCUCCUCCAAAAGACUUGUGACAACACAAACCAUAUUUGGAUUAGUAUGACUUCAAAGACAUUUGUGAAUUUGUGAG